CAUCACUGGCGCAUGCGGCGUCUUGGAAUGCGGCAAUGCUGCCGCUCACCGGCGGCAUUUCUAGAAUCUCCUUCCUCAAGAAUCUCGGCGGCUGCGAUUCCAGCGAUCUCUCAUGGAGCGCGAGCAAUCGCAGCAGACUUUGCAUCGCUCGGUGCGGCGCUGCCUCGCGAGUCAUCGAGCCAUCGGCGGCGGCGCAAAUUCCCAACGCGCCUCCUCCGAGAGCUCCUCCUCUGAUCCAACGCUACACCAUAUCAGUGUUUGUGGGCGACGAGAGUGGAAUGAUCAAUCGAAUCGCUGGAGUUUUCUCACGUCGGGGAUACAAUAUAGAGUCUCUGGCAGUGGGACUUAACCGCGACAAGGCACUCUUUACGAUCGUUGUCUCUGGGACCGAUCGUGUUCUGCAGCAAGUGAUGAAGCAGCUAUAUAAGCUUGUUAAUGUCCGAAAGGUUGAGGAUUUGUCGAAGAAACCAAGAGUAGAACGAGAACUCAUGUUGUUAAAAGUAAACGUUCCUGCUGCUCAAAGAACCGAGGUGCUUGGUCUUGUCGAUAUCUUCCGAGCGCGAGUAGUAGAUGUGGCCGAGGAUUCUCUAACUCUGGAGGUGACAGGAGAUGCUGGCAAGCUAGCCUCUCUAGAACGAAGAAUGACCAAGUUUGGGAUCAAAGAGCUCGCAAGAACUGGAAAGAUAUCUUUGCUCCGAGACAAGUCGGAAGAGGUGGUGGCACCCCCAAUUCUACCGCAAGCGACGAGUGUGAGCUCGCUUACCAAAGUGUCCGAUUUGGAAAAGCAGGCAUCUGAGAAAGUUGUGACACACAUUCCCGUGACAAGCUCAAGCGCAGAGGGUGAUGUUUACGCUGUUGAGUCUGAUGACGAGGGCGUUUGGUCUCACCAAGUUUUAGAUCCUGAUUGGGGAGACGUUGAAGCGGCAGAACCGAAUGGUUAUAUGUCGCACACGUUAUCAAUGGUGGUGAACGAUGCUCCUGGAGUUUUGAAUCGUGUGACUGGUGUGUUUGCCAGACGGGGUUAUAACAUCCAGAGCCUGGCUGUUGGCUUGUCCGAAAGGCAAGGCAUCUCGCGCAUCACGACCGUGGUACCUGGCACAGACGAGUCCAUUCGAAAGCUUCUUCAUCAACUUUCCAAGCUCAUCGAUGUUGUUCAGGUCCAAGACAUCACGCAUUUACCAUUUGCACAACGAGAGCUAAUGCUGAUAAAAAUCUCGGCUUUGCCAUCCGCGCGGCGCGAUAUACUCGACAUAGCCAACGUUUUCCGUGCCAAAAUAGUGGAUUUAUCGAAUCGAAGCAUCACACUAGAGUUGACGGGAGAUCUCGAGAAAAUGGCUGCUCUUCAGCACUUGCUAGAGCCUUAUGGAAUCCUCGAGGUUGCGAGAACUGGUCGAUUAGCUCUGGUUCGUGACUCUGGAGUCGACACUAAACUCUUGGGACAAUUGCAACCAUUGCAAGCUUCGUAUUGAUUUUCCAAGUCGGUUUCCAAAAUUUGUGUACCACUCUUUCGAGUCAGGACUAGCUUUCCAUCGCUUUGGAUUCCUGCUCCACGGAGACUUUCACCUUCAUCUUCUCCUUGGGGAGAGUCAAGCUUGGCUCCUCUAGCAGCGCUGUUGGAGCCUUGACGAGGUGAAUUCCUUGCUGGAGCUCAGCUAGAUCUUCCCUGCGUUGUUGGGUCUUCUUGCCUCUCAUCCUGUUAGCGAGAGUUCUCAGUCCUGGAUGAUGAGAAAAA